CCCAGGUUGAACUCUUCCCGGAAACUUUGCUUCACAGCUACUCUUGCGAAAUCAAGCGGGCCCUCCUCCCUCUGCUCUUUGGCUUAAAGGCGAGAGCCUGGAGCCCGCGCAGAGCACAGGCUGGCUACCUUGCUCUGCAAGCCUAGAGGCAGAGCCCACCGCAGAGACGCCAGACGAACGCCCCUGGGGCGCCUCUCCAGCAGUAAUGGAGAAAGGAUGUGCAGACGCAUUUCCUCUGACAACCGAUUCCUCAGAAAAACAAGGAGUUGUCUGCAUUUUUGGAACAGGGGAUUUCGGGAAAUCCCUGGGACUGAAGAUGCUCCAGUGUGGGUAUUCCGUUGUCUUUGGGAGUCGGAACCCCCAGGGGUCCAGCCUUCUGCCCAGGGGUGCAGAAGUCCUGAGCUAUUCAGAAGCAGCAUCGAAGUCUGACAUCAUAAUCCUGGCCAUGCACAGAGAGCACUACGAUUUCCUCACAGAACUGGUUGAUUCGCUCAAAGGAAAAGUAUUGGUAGAUGUCAGUAACAAUCGCAAAAUCAAUCAGUACCCAGAAUCAAAUGCUGAAUACCUUGCUCAACUGGUGCCAGGAGUCCAUGUGGUCAAAGCGUUUAACACCAUCUCAGCCUGGGCUCUCCAGUCAGGGACACUAGAUGCAAGUCGGCAGGUGUUCGUCUGUGGAAAUGACAGCAAGGCCAAGCAGAGAGUGAUGGACAUCGCGCGUACACUCGGACUCACCCCACUGGAUCAAGGAUCUCUCGUGGCAGCCAGUGAAAUCGAGAACUACCCUCUGCAACUAUUUCCAAUGUGGAGGUUCCCUUUCUACUUGUCUGCUGUGCUUUGCGUCUUCUUCUUUGUGUACUGUGCUAUACGAGAGGUCAUAUACCCCUACGUGAACGAGAAGAUGGAUACUACGUUCCGCCUGGCUGUUUCCAUCCCGAAUCGCGUCUUUCCCAUAACAGCACUCACCCUGCUGGCCCUGGUGUACCUCCCUGGUGUUCUGGCCGCCAUUCUGCAGCUCUAUCGAGGCACAAAGUACCGCCGAUUCCCAAACUGGCUUGACUACUGGAUGCUUCGCAGAAAGCAACUGGGCUUGGUAGCUCUCGGAUUUGCCUUCCUACACGCCAUCUACACACUCGUGAUUCCUAUCCGUUACUAUGUUCGAUGGAGGCUGAGAAACGGGACCGUCACUCAGGCCCUAGCUAAUAAAGACAGCCCAUUUAUUACCUCUUCUGCCUGGCUUAGUGAUUCCUACUUGGCACUGGGAAUCCUGGGAUUUUUUCUGUUUCUUCUCUUGGGAAUCACCUCCUUGCCGUCAGUAAGCAACAUGGUCAACUGGAGAGAGUUCCGAUUUGUCCAGUCCAAACUGGGUUAUCUGACCCUGAUCUUGUGCACAGCCCACACUUUGGUGUAUGGUGGAAAGAGAUUCCUCAGCCCUUCCGUCCUCAGGUGGCACCUUCCUUCGGCCUACAUUUUGGCACUCAUCAUCCCCUGCUCAGUGUUGGUGAUGAAGUUUAUCCUCAUCAUGCCGUGCAUAGACAAGACCCUCACGCGCAUCCGCCAGGGCUGGGAAAGGAACCCAAAAUACGCGCAAUCAGCACUGAACGGAAAAUCGGAUAUUUAAACUACAGUUGGAUUUGCCGGGAUUGGUGUGUACUAUUGUAGUAAAUGUUAGAGCAUAAUGUGUCCAGUUAUAAAAAAAAAAAAAAGCAUUUUCUGUCGUCACGGUCCCAACUUCAUCAUCACAGCAGGAAAUGUUGCCUGACUUUGAAAGACCACAGAGCAAGGGCGCGCUCGAUGUGAUGACUCAUUGCAGGGCUCCCUCACUUCCUUUUCCAGAAACCCUGGCGAUGCCACUGCGAUUAGAUUUACAGUUCCGCAUGACAAAGCUUCUUGGUUAUGGGCAACAUGAAUGGUGUAAUGUUUUGCAGAGUUCUGAAAGAGUGUGUGCAACUCCCUUUCCUAAUUCAAGGGCUGAUGUGAGUGAAAAGGCAACACGAGUCAUACUAAAGGUUCUGCUUGACACGCCUGAAGAAAAGGCUCAAGUGAAGUAGACGGAAAAAGAAGGUUUGUUUGUUUCCUGGAAGGAGUGGUGAUCAAUUUAAGUAUUGUCACACUGACCUGGGGGUACUUGGGAUCCGGCUGUAGUACUGAGCUCAAAACUUUGGCCUUAUGCAGGUUACAUAAAUGAGCUACGUACACGCCAGCCCUGCGGUGUUGAGUAUGUAGACGUAUGGACCCCUUGAUAUUUUGCUUUUACCAAUGUGUAUACUUACUAUGGGGAGAUAUUUUAAACUGCAACAAAAUGUAACAAUUGGUUUGAAGUAACCAUUCCUUGGAUAUAUGGAAAGCUAUGCAAUUGUCCCAAGAUUCUUCCUCUACCAGGGAUGGCUUGAGGGGAGAUGGGGCAGGAGUUGAGCUGUGAUCCUAAGUUGAGGGAAGCCGGGAAAGAGAGGAAGAUCCUUUGGCAUUUGGUUUUCAGGUGCCAUUAGCAGAGACAGGUUGAAAAUAGCCUUGUACAAAAAUGCCUCAUAAGCCAGAAUGUUAUCUAGUGAGCUAAGCAAAUACUAAUACAGUUUCACUAUGCUGUUUGGUAUCAUUUAGGGGUUGUGGAGUGCUUUCUGCAUUAUACAUUUCAAGUACUGUUCAGUAUUAAGCAUCUGUGAAAUUAACUUCCAGCAUAAACACGGAGCUCCAUAAUCUGUCUCUGUUAUCGUUGUAACUGGUGCAGUUAAAAGGAAUCGUCUGAAAUCGUCGGCGCGAGGAGAGGAUAGCUGAGAGAACCCUGGGACCCUCGGAAGAGGCAAGCAGCAGUGAGCCGGAUGCAGCCGGCUCUGGCGUCCUGCUGGUGUGGAUGGUGACUUUCCCAAGGUGACCUUUAGCAGGCUGACUGAGUGUCCCUAGCUCUAGCCUGAAGCUAAAAAAAGAUUUUUGCACAAUCUUCCCACUUGUCACCAAAAUAAGUAAAAGGCAUUGGGUUUGACAUUUUUCUGCCUAAUCUACAAAGGCUGUUUAUUUUUCAUUUUGCUAGCUUUUAUAUCAUAUAUUGCACAUGAUAUCAUACAUUGCUCAAAAUCCAGGGAUUUUUUUUAUAUAAAGCUCUUAUAUAACACAGACAUUUCUUUUACUAUUGCCCUAAUAAAAUAUGUAGACUAUAUUCAGUUUUUACUAAAAGGACAAUUGAGUUGUCUUUGUACUAACCA